AUGGCCCGCGUCUUCCUGCCUCCUCCGUCGUGGUUGCUCACUGCGGAAUAUGCGCCUCUCCGAUCGGAUACCGACGACUCCGCGACAUCCAUCUUCUUCAGCCUCAAUCUCUCAAUUUACAAUCAGCCAGUUGUCGCCUCCGAAUGGACCGAAGAGUGGUUUUUCAUGAAUGGCCGCGUCCAUCCCUACGCCCUUGCGUGGGAGGUCGAGCAACGAGACGGUCUUGAGUCUGGCGCCGGAGGCAUCCUUCUCUACACUAUGCCCGCCCUUAUCAUCCGCGACCAAGGCUACCAGCCCGUUCUUCCUAGGCUCUUUGCCUCCAUGGACAGCUUCCCCGACCUUCUGCCAGGUCUGGACGCCACCCAGCUGAGGUGCUGCGGCUUCCUCCAGCUUUCGACCUAUAUCACUCCCGGAUCCCGGACAAGAUCCUCUCAGGGCUUCCACCCGUUUCAGGUCUUCGUCAUCUUCCCCAUCCGCGCCAACCCGUGGGCCAUCCUUUGCAAGAAGAUGGCCGAGAGGCGGGACUCUCAAUUUCAGACCAAUAUCUCCUUCACCUGCACGGGCAAGGUCGCUGGCCUCCUCGAUCACCGCGUCAUGGUCCACCAGCCGAGCUCCGACAGAGACUACGUCUUCAUCGUCGUCCCGGAUUCUUGGACUUUUCUCGACAAGGCCGCCACCACCGCAGCCGCGUCGGCCUUAGCCCUCACAUCGCCACCGAAGCGGCAACCGUCCUCCGCUUCGGCGGCCUUCCAGGAUGCCCGCGCUGCCUCUUUCUCUGUCGCUACACCUGGCGCCCUCCCGCCGAGUCCUCCGCCUUCGGCUUCGACUUCGGCUUCGGCCGAUCCCGUUACACCGCUGCAGAAGCGUCCUUGUCCCGAGCCCGCCGACACGCCAACGAAGAAACCGCGCCUGUUGCAGUUGACCUCAAAACCUUCCUCAUCGGCCGCCACUGGAAGCUCUGCCACUCAAUCGUUCUCGCUUUCCGCUGCCUCUUCUUCCUUCGAGCCGGAGACGAUGAGACAGAGUCCUGCCUCGGGAACCGUCUUGGGACCCGCCAUUGAUUCGAUCGUUGCCUACACGUCAGACUCAUCGGCCCGGCCGCUCAGAAACCGCCACCCAGGCAAAGGACAACGGAAACAGAGUAACUGCUUGAUAUAA